CGCCGCACCGGCUGCAUGAACCCGCGGCCCGCCACCUCCCGGGUCGCCCGUAGCCCCUGACCUGAUCUGCCCUGUCCUCGCUAUGGCCGAAACCGCCUCCGGCGCUGGGGGCACAUCCCUGGAGGGCGAACGCGGCAAGCGGCCCCCGCCGGAGGGCGAGCCUGCAGCCUCGGCGUCUGGAGUUUUGGAUAAGCUUUUUGGGAAGAGGCUCCUGCAGGCAGGUCGCUACCUGGUGUCCCACAAGGCAUGGAUGAAGACGGUGCCCACAGAGAACUGUGAUGUGCUUAUGACCUUCCCAGACACCACUGAUGACCACACGCUGCUAUGGCUGCUGAACCACAUCCGUGUGGGCAUCCCUGAGCUCAUCGUGCAAGUCCGCCACCACCGCCACACGCGUGCCUACGCCUUCUUCGUCACCGCCACGUAUGAGAGCCUACUCCGAGGGGCCGAUGAAUUGGGUCUACGCAAAGCAGUGAAGGCCGAGUUUGGUGGUGGCACCCGUGGCUUCUCCUGUGAGGAGGACUUCAUCUACGAAAACGUGGAAAGUGAGCUGCGCUUCUUCACAUCCCAGGAACGCCAGAGCAUCAUUCGCUUCUGGCUACAGAACCUGAGAGCCAAGCAGGGCGAGGCGCUGCACAAUGUGCGCUUCCUGGAGGACCAGCCAAUCAUCCCUGAGCUGGCAGCCCGUGGGAUCAUCCAGCAGGUGUUCCCAGUCCAUGAACAGCGUAUCCUGAACCGCCUCAUGAAGUCAUGGGUGCAGGCCGUGUGUGAAAACCAGCCCCUGGAUGAGAUCUGUGAUUACUUUGGUGUCAAGAUUGCCAUGUACUUUGCCUGGCUGGGUUUCUACACUUCAGCCAUGGUAUACCCAGCUGUCUUUGGCUCUGUCCUGUACACAUUCACGGAGGCUGAUCAGACAAGCCGGGAUGUAUCCUGUGUGGUCUUUGCUCUCUUCAACGUGGUCUGGUCAACACUGUUCCUGGAGGAGUGGAAACGGAGGGGAGCAGAGCUAGCCUACAAGUGGGGGACUCUGGACUCACCUGGGGAAGCCGUGGAGGAGCCACGACCCCAGUUCAGGGGCAUUCGACGAAUCAGCCCCGUGACCCGGGCUGAGGAGUUCUACUACCCGCCUUGGAAGCGGCUGCUCUUCCAGCUUCUUGUGAGCCUUCCCUUGUGCCUCAGCUGCCUGGCCUGUGUCUUCCUGCUCAUGCUCGGCUGCUUCCAACUGCAGGAGCUGGUGCUGAGUGUGAAGGGGCUGCCGCGUCUCAUCCGAUUCCUUCCCAAGGUUGUGCUGGCGCUGCUGGUCAGCAUAAGUGCUGAGGGCUACAAGAAGCUUGCCAUCUGGCUCAAUGACAUGGAGAAUUACCGGCUGGAGAGCGCCUAUGAGAAGCACCUCAUCAUCAAGGUUGUCCUGUUCCAGUUUGUCAACUCGUACUUGAGCCUCUUCUAUAUUGGCUUCUACCUCAAGGAUAUGGAGCGUCUGAAAGAGAUGCUGGCCACACUGCUCAUCACUCGCCAGUUCCUCCAGAACGUGCGCGAGGUCCUGCAGCCGCACCUGUACCGGCGCCUGGGCCGUGGCGAGUUUGGCCUGCAGGCUGCCUGGGAGCUGGCCCAAGCCCUGCUCAGCCUGCUGAGCCUCCGGCGCCCUGCACCCCACCGCCUCGAGCCCCAGGCAGAAGAGGGAUGCAACAGCAGUGGUGGGGGAGGCCGCAGGUGUCUCAGCGGGGGCUGUGGGGCUCCUGAGGAGGAAGAGGAGGCCGUGGUGGAGCGACAGCCAGUGGGCGAAGGUGGAGAGGUGGGGGACGGGCCCAGGGGGGGCGAGGAGGAGGAGGAGGAAGAGGAGGAGGAGGACGAGGAGGACGAGGAAGGCGAGGAGGGUGGCCUCCUGGACUGCGGGCUCCGUCUGAAGAAGGUCAGCUUUGCCGAGCGGGGAGCCAGGCGGCAGCGGCCUGGCCCAAGCCCUGAGGCGCUCCUGGAGGAGGGGAGCCCCACCAUGGUGGAAAAGGGGUUGGAGCCAGGAGUGUUCACACUGGCUGAGGAGGAGGACGAUGAGGCCGAGGGGGCUCCUGGCAGCCCUGAGCCAGAGCCGCCAGCUGUCCUGCUCCGCCGAGCGGGGGGUGAGGGCCGAGACCAGGCGCCGGAUGGGGGCCCAGAGCCAGAGCCAGGCUCAGGGGACUCUGCUCGGAGACAGCGGCGACAGAAUCGGGCAUCUUGGAUCGACCCGCCAGAGGAGGACCAUUCGCCCCAGCUCACCCAGGCCGAGCUGGAGAGCUGCAUGAAGAAGUAUGAGGACACGUUCCAGGACUACCAGGAGAUGUUUGUUCAGUUUGGCUACGUCGUGCUCUUCUCCUCUGCCUUCCCAUUGGCUGCACUGUGUGCUCUGGUCAACAAUCUCAUUGAGAUCCGCAGUGAUGCUCUUAAGCUCUGCACAGGGCUGCAGCGGCCUUUCGGGCAGCGGGUGGAGAGCAUCGGCCAGUGGCAGAAAGUGAUGGAGGCCAUGGGUGUCCUGGCCAUCGUGGUCAACUGCUACCUAAUCGGCCAGUGUGGACAACUGCAGCGCCUCUUCCCCUGGCUCAGCCCGGAGGCAGCCAUCGUGUCUGUGGUGGUGCUGGAGCACUUCGCUCUGCUCCUCAAGUAUCUCAUCCAUGUGGCCAUUCCUGACAUCCCGGGCUGGGUAGCCGAGGAGAUGGCCAAGCUUGAGUACCAACGCCGGGAGGCCUUCAAGAGACAUGAGCGCCAGGCCCAGCACCGCUUCCAGCAGCAGCAGCGGCGCCGGCGGGAGGAGGAGGAGCGCCAGCGGCAUGCUGAGCAUCAUGCCCGGCGGGAACGGGAUACCAGUGGCCGGGAAGAGUCCAGAGCCGAGGGCUCUGGGCUGGACCCUGCUGCCCCUGAGAAGGCCUCAGCCAAGGCCAAGGGCAGUGGGGCAGGUGGCCAUGGGUCAGAGAGGCCCAAGCGCCCAGGGUCCCUGCUGGCACCCAACAACGUCAUGAAGCUGAAGCAGAUGAUCCCACUGCAGGGCAAGUUCCUGUCAUCAGGGACUGCUUCCUCGCUAGCUAAUGUGGGGACUGGCCCCACCACACGGCCGCCACCUGCCCAGUCGCCCACGGGCAGCGACACUCGCCUGCCAGCCUUCCUCAGCUUCAAGUUCCUCAAGUCACCUGAGACCAGGCGGGACCCUGAGCGCAGCCACUCGCCACCCAAGGCCUUCCACGCUGGCAAGCUCUUCCCCUUCGGUGGGGCCAGAGCUGAGGCCGGGUCCAACGGGGCGGGAGGGCAGGCCCGGCCGGACGGGACCCCUGGCGGUGGCAGCAGCCGGGUUCAGCGGAGUGGGCCGGCAGACGAGGCGGCGGCUGAGGAGCCAGAUGCCCCCCGGCCUGAAGAGGAAGGCUCAGGGACAGCACUGGCCCCAGUGGGCGCCCCCACCCUCUGCACCCGCCGUAGCCGGAGCCCCGCGCCACCGCCAUCACCAACGCUGCUGCCCAGGCCCCCGACGCCGCCCGCUGGCUGCUGGCAGUGGGAUGGGCCAUGGGGCUGUGGGGGCGAGGGCGCUGCCCCCCGCCAAGCCCCCACCGAUGCUGCCGAGUGCCCGCCUUGUGCCCUGGCUGGGCCCCCGCCUGCCCUUCAGCCCCUGCCAGGGGACGCCAGCUUCUACAGCCUCCCACCCCCAAUGCUGCCACCCACCUCCGAGCCCCCUACACCCUCACCCAGCCCUAGCCCCCAGGCUGUGUGCUGGCCUACUGGCUGGCAUUAGCCUCCUACCCACUCCAACUGUCACCCCCACACUCUCUGUUCUGCUCUCAUAUGCAAUACUGACAGGGUGGCAGCCACCACCCAGAAAACCUACUUGGGCCCCAGUAUUGGUGACCCUAUCCUGGGGCGAGGGCCUGGGGGGGCUGCCCCCCAUCUGCCGUUUACCUUUUGACCAGGAUGGGGGAAACAAAAGGAAACCCAAAAACCCAACAAAAUACACAAACACAGAAUAGGCGAUUAUUUAUUUGUUUUUAAUUUAUUUUGUCAUAUUUUUGUAAAACGGCAGAAAUGCAAUAAAAAGUAUAUUUCAACAGUGCCAGAGGAUGGAACCGUGGAAGGGGAAUCAGGGGGCCUGGGUGA